UAAAAAUAAUGAUUCUUAUUGAAAAAACAUAGAAUAACUAUAACGAUUCUAAGUUUGGUGAUUGCCAUAUUUAAUUUUAAAAAAAUUAUUCAAAAUGGCUUUUCAUCGAUACAGCCGUUAUCAUGACCACCACCAUCAUCAUCAUCAUCAUCAACGUUCGAAUUUUCGAACGCGAAGAAAAUCAUUAUCUUCCGAUGAGAAUUAUAUCAAUCCGAUCUCAUUAUCAAGAAUGUUCAACUUAGUGCCAUCAUUUAAUCAUUCAAUUCUUUCAUUUAUCAUCAUAUUCUAUCUUAUUCAUCUUCAAAUUAUAGUGAUGACACAAACAUUGUCAUCAUCAUCAUUAUCAUCAUCAUUUACAUCUGGCCAUUCAUUAUAUAUUGAUCAAAAUUUUGGUAAUGGCGGUGAAAAUGAAAUGGAUUUUGAUAUGAUGUUUGAUCCAUCAUAUACGAAUAAACCGUUAAAUGUAACCGUUCGAUCAUUGUCAACGACAUCUAUUUCAAUUCAUUGGCAAUCUCCAUUGGAAGAACCACAGGGCUAUAAGAUAAAAUUUCGUUUGAAAGGCAGCAAAAAACAGGAAACUAUUGCGCUUGAUUCAUCCAAUUAUCAUCAUGAGCUUAAAAAUCUAGAAAAAGCUACUAGUUAUCAGAUCAAAUUAGCUGCAAUCUACGGUAAUGAAACUGGACCAUACACUGAAUGGUUUACCGUUGAAACUUUGCAACGAGAUCUUGAUGAAACACAAGUACCUGAUCAACCUGGUUCGUUACGUUUGAAACAAGACCGUAAUUCAAUACAUUUAUCUUGGACACCGCCUAAAAAUCGAAACAUUGUUGUACGUGGCUAUACGGUCGGCUGGGGUGAAGGGGUACCCGAUCGAUGGACAUGGCGUGUACAAGGUGAUCAACGAUCAUAUACGAUCGAAAAUGUAACCAUUUCAACAGAAUAUGUAAUAAGUUUGCGCGCAUAUAAUCUACGUGGCGAAGGUCAGCCAAUAUAUGAAACGAUCAAAAUAACUUAUGAUCUGGAUAAAGAUGAUCAAUUUGUAAUGCUACCACCGAUAGGCUUAAAAACAAAAGUCAUCUCAUCAACUGCCAUCGUUUUAGAUUGGACAGAUGCUUCUCGCGAUACAAUCAUACAUCCUGACAAUCGUUGGUAUUUGAUCCGUUAUACAAACAGUAUUCAUUCAAAUUCACCUCGAUAUCGUUAUGCUAAUACCACAAAACGAACCUUUUUGGUUGAAGAUUUAAAACCAAACACUCAAUAUGAAUUCUCUGUCAAAGUAAUCAAAAAUAAACGUAAUAGUACGUGGAGUAUGGCCGUAGUGAAUACCACUCACGAAGCCGUACCAUCCACCGCUCCCAGAGAUUUGACAAUCGUUCCAUCAUCGAAUGAUGAUCCGACCUCAAUAAAUCUUCAUUGGCAACCACCUAAACAGCCAAACGGUCAGAUUACUGGAUAUGUAAUAUUCUACACGCAGGACAACACACAAGAGGACCGUAAUUGGAUCGUCAAAGUUAUAACCGAAGACAAAUUAAAUGCAAUUUUGACUGGUUUACAAUCAUCUAGUGUUUAUUAUUUCAAGAUACAGGCACGAAACAACAAAGGCUAUGGACCCUUAUCUUCCGAAGUUUCAUUUCGUACAUUACCCGCAACGAUGAAAACGGAUACAAUCAACGGUUCCGUUAUUUCAGUUAAUCUAUUCAGUUUGAUCAUUAUUAUCAUCUUUAUUCUGGUGGUUAUAUUUCUUGUUGCCAUAAUGAAAAUUUAUCUAUCUAAAAAUAAUAAAAAUAAUGAAACGAUGGCAAAAAACCGAAAAGGUUAUAUACCAACGGCCACUAGUCCUAGUGGUAAGAAUACUAAUUCUAGGAUGAAUAAUAUUCGUAAUAAUAGUAUGGGUGGUAUGUUAGAAAAACCCCCUGAUCUUUGGAUUCAUCACAAUGAACAAUUGGAAUUGAAAUUGGUAGACAAAAAUCAUGGUGAUAAUGAUUCAAACGGUGGCAGUGUUGCAUUAUCAGUCAAAAAUAAUGUUGAACAACCAUUUGCCAAAAUCAAAAAGACCAAUUCAACGUAUGGUAUGAAUACAGGAUUAUAUGAUGACAUACAUAGCAAAAGUCCAUCAUCACCUAUUGAUAAUAUGGGCAUGGCAACCAUGCGUCGAUCAUCAUCAAUAAGGCCAAAAACAUCAACAUGUAUGGAUCAUUCGUUAUUAAAUAGUAUGAUGAACAUGGAGCCUUCAACUGGUCUAUCACGUCCACUGUAUCCUAAAACAAAUCAAUUCAAUCUUCCACAUCCAAUGGAUACAAUGGAUUCUGCCAGUGCAAUGGCCGCUGCCUUUCAUCAACAUCAUCAUCAUCAUCUGUAUGAUCCAGUACCAGGUUCUGGUAGCAAUCAUAUUGCAUUGACUAAUAUGCAUGAAAAUCAGAUUGGCCAUAGUGUGAAUUCAUCUAAUUCAUACAUGUCUUCGGGAAACUCUUCAUCACCACAUUCAGUCAUUUCGAACAAUACUGUAUUGACUAAUUCAUCUACCGGUACAUCGAACAUAACAAAUAGUUCUACCAGUCCUCCCAACACUUCGAUAUAUUUAUCGAAUAGCCGUCAGCCACAGAAACCAUCAUCGAUGAUGGUCCCUACAGCAUCCGGUAAUACUGUUUCACAUUCGGCGCUUAAAAGUUUUGGCGUACCUACGCCACCACCACCGUUGCCUUCUUUAGUUACCUUGGGAGGCAUGCAAAAUAAUUCACAUAAUAGCAUUUAUAACAGUUCCCUGUCAUCCAUGGCUAGUCCAAGUAAAAAAUUUCUGCUUACCACGACUAAUAAUUUAAAUACAAAUAAUAACAUAUGCGGUAGCAAUUCUACAUUGGCAAGCAAUGGUAAAUCGGUUACAAAUUUCUCGGAUGAUCAUUCAAUUUCGGCGAGUUUUAAUCAGGAUGAUUUGCAUCAAGAGAUGGCCAAUCUGGAUAACUUGAUGAAAGAUUUGAAUGCCAUGAAACCAAAUAACAACAAUAUCAUGAAUAUACAUGGAAUGGAAUCCUGUUGAAGAAUAUCAAUAAAUGGUUGUCCACGAAAAUCCAAUUUAUGUUGCAGCAUUUCA